AACAAAGAACAUGGAGGAUGUUAAGCUUUUUGGUCUAUGGUCAAGUCCAUUUACUCAAAGGGUUAUUUGGGCACUAAAAUUAAAAGGUGUGAAUUACAACUAUUAUGGUGAAGAUCUUACAAAUAAGAGCAACAUGUUACUAAAAUACAAUCCAAUCUACAAGAAAGUUCCUGUUUUUGUACACAAUGAAAAACCAUUAGCAGAAUCAAUGGUGAUUGUUGAGUAUAUUGAGGAAACUUGGUCUAAAAUACCUCUAUUGCCUCAAGAUGCUUAUGAAAAAUCCAAUGUUCGUUUCUGGUCAAAGUUCAUAGAGGAUAAGUCAAUGCAAAUGAUGGAAUUUUUUAUACAUGAUGGAGAAAGACAAGAGAGAGCAAUAGAAGAAACUUUGGAAACUUUGAGAGUGAUAGAAAAUCAAAGUGGGCUUAGUGAGAAAAUGUUCAUUGGUGGUAACACAAUUGGGAUGGCAGACAUAGCUUUGGGAUGGGUUGCACAUAUUCUUCCAGUGAUGGAAGAAAUUGUGGGAGUCAGGUUCAUCACAAUUGAUGCAUUUCCUAAUCUUCACUCUUGGGUGAAGAAUUUCUUGGAAAUUUCUGAUAUAAAAAACAAUCUACCAUCCCAUGAGCUACUUGUUGAGUAUUAUAGGGAAAAGAGGAAGGUGUUUCUUGCAAUGGCUUUUCAUCAUCAUCAUCAUCACCAUUAGAAUUGUGUUUUUGUUUGAUUACUAUAAUGACUAGGUGUUGUUUUCCCUUUUUUUAUGAGAUUCUUCUUUGAGAGAGUAAUGUUAUGUAGAACGGUUUUUUUUUAUAAAAUUUUUGGUAAUAUUUUAGAAUGCAGAAUACCUUAGACAUAUAUGAAAUGCAGGGCCGGCCCAACACAUCUCUAGGCCUUAGGCAAAAUUUAAAAUAAAAUAUUUUAAUAUUGUAAAAAAUUCUAAAAUU